AGAAAUCUCUCAAAUCCCCCAAAUGACACCCCUUGGUAACCUAAAUAAAACCCCCAAUUUCACCGCUUCUUUCUUCUUCGCUCUCUUCCUAUAAAUCUCUCUCUGCGCUGUAAGAAAAAUAUCUUACACCAAACACAAACACAAAACACAGAUUCCUUCUUGUUCUUCUUCUUCCUUUGAUUGCUUUCGAAGAUGGUUGGUUCUAGGAAGCGUUCAUCAGCCAAGAACAGACUUGUUUCUUCUUCAACUCGUUCUUCUGGGAAGGAUAAGGUUUCUGAUGCUCGUAAAUAUGGUGAAGCCUUGGUGGGUUCAAGGAUACGAGUUUGGUGGCCGAUGGACAGCAAAUUCUAUAAGGGUGUGGUGGAUUCCUAUGUCUCUUCCAAGAAGAAACAUCGGGUUUUCUAUGAAGAUGGUGAUAAAGAGACCUUGGAUCUGAAGAAGGAGAGAUGGGAGUUGAUUGAAGAAGAUGAUGCUGAAUCUGAAUCUGAUGAGAUCUCCCUACAGGAGGAAUCUGCUGGUGAGAGUUCUGAAGGCACUCCAGAACCGCCUAAAGGGAAAGGGAAGGCAUCUUUAAAAGGAAGGACGGAUGAAGCUAUGCCCAAAAAGAAACAGAAGAUAGAUUCUUCAUCAAAGAGCAAGGCCAAAGAGGUGGAGAAGAAGGCCUCAAAGCCCGAAACUGAGAAAAAUGGCAAAAUGGGUGAUAUUGGUGGGAAGAUUGUAGCAGCGGCAUCACGCAUGAGUGAAAGGUUUCGGAGCAAGGGGAAUGUGGAUCAAAAAGAGACAUCAAAGGCCUCGAAAAAACCAAAGAUGUCUUCAAAGUUGACCAAGAGGAAACACACUGAUGACCAAGAUGAAGAUGAAGAAGCUGGUGAUGAUAUUGAUACUUCUAGCGAAGAGGCGAAGCCUAAGGUGUUAAAAUCCUGCAACUCCAAUGCUGAUGAAGUUGCUGAAAAUUCUUCUGAUGAAGAUGAGCCCAAGGUUCUAAAAACCAACAACUCUAAGGCUGAUAAAGAUGAAGAUGAAGAGGAGAAUGAAACAUCUGAUGAUGAGGCUGAGCCCAAGGCCCUGAAAUUGAGCAACUCCAACUCUGAUAAUGGUGAAAACAAUUCAUCUGAUGAUGAGAAAGAGAUAACAAUAUCGAAGAUCACCUCAAAAAAGAUUAAGAGUAAUACCGCUGAUGAAGAAAAUGGUGACAAUGAAGAUGGGGAAAAAGCUGUUGAUGAAAUGUCUGAUGGAGAGCCGUUGGUGAGCUUCUUGAAGAAGUCACCAGAGGGAAUUGAUGCGAAGAGGAAAAAAAUGAAGGGGAAGAAGGAGGAAGAGGAAGAGGAAGGAGAAGAAAAUGCUGGAAAAGAUACGAAAGCGGAAGAAGCGUCGUCGUAGCCGUAGUCUCGCCAGAAAGAAAAAACCCUUAAAAAACAGAAUUAAGAAAUAAGUAAUAGUGUCGCGGUCUGUUUCUAUGUGCAGGUACCGUAGGAGACAGUUACAGUGUUAGGAAGCCAUUGUUAAACGGUGUGGUUCAUUUUUAUUUACACAGAGAAUUCUUGUUUCGUUUAAGUUAGGGUUGUAGUGUCGUAGGCUAUAUAUGAUGCUUAACGAAAAUAUGUAGCCAAAGGGCAGUGGAAAGUCUUUUGAACUAUGAAUAUGAAUGAAUGCUUUCCAUUAAUUAACUCUCUCUCUCUCUCUCUCUCCCUGAUGUUUGCAGACAAAGAAUUAAAUGGUA